GUUUGUGGCUGAAGUUUCAACUUUAAGCCACACAUUUGAGCUCUCCUACAAGCUUGCCCGGCAGGUGGGUGAGGGAGGGAGAGGGGAAGCGGGAAAUGGCAGUUCCCAUAUUCCGGGCCUCAAUUCCGAAGUCUCACCCGCUUAUUCACUCCAUUUCCUCUGCUCUAUCACUCACUGAUGAAACUUGGAAGAAGAAAAGAUUGCUAUCCUGCUCAGCUGCUUCGUCGGAACUCAAACCAUUUCGGCCAGAGCUGUGUUUCUCUGUUGGAACUUAUCUUAUUCCACAUCCCAACAAGGUUGAAAAAGGUGGGGAAGAUGCUUUCUUUGUGAGCAGCUACAAUGGGGGAGUUCUUGCUGUUGCUGAUGGUGUCUCCGGUUGGGCUGAACAGGAUGUAGAUCCUUCAUUGUUCCCGAAAGAAUUGAUGACCAAUGCCUCAAAUUUUGUGGGAGAUGUGGAGGUGAACAACGAUCCUCGGAUUCUGAUAGGAAAAGCACACGCUUAUACCUCUUCGAUAGGUUCUGCUACGGUAAUGAUUGCCAUGCUGGAGAGGGACGGGAUUCUGAAAAUCGCGAAUGUUGGGGAUUGCGGAUUAAGGGUUAUUCGUGAAGGUAAAAUCAAAUUUUCCACAUCUCCACAAGAACACUAUUUCGAUUGUCCAUACCAACUUAGUUCAGAGAUUGUUGGCCAAACGUAUCAGGAUGCGAUGGUUUCCAAUGUUGAGAUGAUGGAAGGAGACACCAUAGUUAUGGGCUCGGAUGGACUUUUUGACAAUGUUUUCGACCAUGAAAUUGUUUCGACAGUGGCCGGAUACAGAGACGUUGCUGAGACUGCAAAGGUAUUAGCUAAUUUGGCAAACAAUCAUUCGUUGGAUUCAAACUUCGAUUCUCCCUACUCCAUGGAGGCUAGAUCAAAGGGUUUCGAGCCUCCUUUGUGGAAAAAGAUUCUCGGAAUGAAGCUUACAGGUGGAAAGCCAGAUGAUAUCACUGUGAUUGUUGGUCAGGUUGUAAGCUUAUGAAGCAUUUUCGUCUUCUCCAAGAGAUUCAAACUUAAAAUACAAACAUUCCCUUUUCCGGGUAGCCGGGCUAUAGUUUUUCGGCAUUUUUCAUCCGGUUUUACGGCAACUGAUUGAAAGUCAUCUCUUCAUAUUUGUGUACAAAAGUCCUCACUGCUAUUAAGUUCUAGCUAUUGUCUGAAUUUCUUAUCUGUUUUAAGAGUACAAUGCCAUGGAUUCUUCAAAAUAAAGAUCAACAGUCCAAGUGAAA